AUGUCUGAUUCUCUUCGCAAAGGUCUGGGCGACCAGGUCUCAGAGAAGAUCACUCCUGACUCUCGAAAAUCAUACGCCCAACAAGCCUCAGAGAACCUCUCUAGUACCGCUGACAAGGUUGCCGGUACAGUCCAACCCAGUACGCCGCCAUCCUCUCCUUUCCGCACCAUUACAUUAAUCAUUCUCCAAAAUUUACCUCGCAAUUUCGAUGCUAACAAAACAAUUCCCACAGACUCCCAGAAAUCCACAACCCAGAACCUUGCCGACAGCACCCGCUCCAACGCCGGCACUGCCCAAAACCAGGGCAGUUCCUACCUUGACUCCGCCAAGCAGACUCUUGGUAACGCAGCCAACACUGCCUCGGAGACACUUGGAAAUGUUGCAAAUUCUGCUUCGGAGACACUCGGAAACGCUGCCAAUACGAUCACUGGCAACGCCGGCACCAAAUAG